AUGGACAUUACAAAAACUGCGAGCGCACUCAAGCAACGCGGCGAUACAGCCUUCCGACAAGGAAACUAUGCACUCGCCACCGAAUUCUACACACAAGCCAUCGGCACCGACCACGACGCUGAGCUCAAACAGCAGAAAUACCGCGAAGCCAUCGUGAGCUGCACCAAUGCGCUGGCAUUAGAUACGCGCAACGUCAAGGCACUCGGGAGACGAGGUAUCGCCUAUGCACGUCUGGGCGAGCAUUUAAAAGCAGAGCAUGACCUACAGGUGGCGUUGCUUGUAGAACCAACAAACAAGACUCUGGCCCGUGAACUCGAGACUGUCAAGAAGGUUGUGAAGGCAGGCAUGGAUCAGCCAAGAAAUUCGCUGGUGUUCGAGCGCGCGUGGCGGGAGUAUGGCGCACACCCAGAGCUUUUGUACGAGUAUCUGAGACAUAUAUCAGCUGAAGAGCUCCCAAUGCUGUUCCGCGCAUCGCUGGAGUCGUGGCACAUCGCCCAAAUUGCCGCCGCCGCGGAGUAUGCUCAGAGCGAGUGCAAUGAUGAAACGUUCGGAGCUACUCUGCUAGGUGCGCUUCCGCGGGUUGAGCGGUUUGCGCUGGCAGUGCUGUUUCUGGGCGAAGGCGACCGACACUUAGUACAAAAGAUCAUCAAGUCCAGCGAGUGUGAGCACGUGUUGGCUGCUCAAUAUGAAUAG